GGGAGGAGAAACCACCGGCGACUGCUCCCCGCUCCACAGCUGGGACUGAACGAAAUUUCCUUCCCCAGAUGUGAUGCCACUGUGGUCACAGGAAACCCCAUCCCACCCAUCCCAGAGGCUGAAGGGUCCAAAGUCUUGGGCCUGGGUGCUUGGUAUUUCUGCAUCCGGUCUUCAGGAAACGAAGUCAAGGACCCUAUGCCCAAGUUAGAGGACUUCAGAUAUCCAAGUGCCCAAGCGCCCCCUCCUGGAGGAGCCGGGGGUACUGGACAUCCACCCGGGAGGACCCUGAAAGCCGAGCGUCCCGCACCGCGGUUUGAAGAACUCAUGACCGCAGAUUCCCUCCAAAGAUUCCCAGAAAUCCAAUCCAAGACCCCCGGAUCGGAGGAACUUGAGAUCCAUACCUCUAGCGCUCCAACCAAUCUGUUUUUGGAGGCAGCGUCGACCACUUGAAGGGACCCAGGAAUUUGGGACCCCCCCCCACUGAGCUCCUGCCUGGCGUUAGGGAGUUAGGGAAACUUGAGAAACCGCCUUCCACCACCACGGCCCUACCUAAAGACUCAGGAAUUUGGGUCCCCAGCGCCUCCAUCUGAGACUCCAAAAUCGAGGUUCCUAGCAUCCCUUCCUUAGAACACCAAGAAAUUUGGACUGCUGGACUCCACUUUCAGGGAGCCCUCGGAUUCUGGUUCCUGGAGCCCGAAGUUCUGAGUCCAGGCUCCGAACCUCCCCAGGGACAGCGUUAGGGUCGAAUAGGAAGCUGGCUCCCUCAGUCCGGGGCUGGCGGCUCCCGGGGAGGCCUGCUGAGCCGUUCAACCAUGCCUGAGGGAGCCCGUGCAUUGAGUCGGUUCAAACGUAGCCCCAGCCUCGGGUCUGGCCGCAGAGGUGAAGUGUGUGACUGUGCAACUGAGUGUGAGACUCAGACAGCAGCCCCUGCAGCUCCCACGAUGGCCUCUCCUCGAGGUUCUGGGAGCUCCACAUCUCUAAGUACAGUCGGUUCUGAAGGGGACCCAGCCCUGGGGCCCACCCCAACCUGCUCAGCCUCCAGGCCAGAGCCCCUUCCUGAGCCUCCUAUCCGCCUGCAUCUGUCGCCUGUGGGGAUGCCAGGUUCUGCAAAACCCUCAAGGCUGGAGCGUGUGGCACGAGAGAUCGUGGAGACAGAACGAGCUUAUGUCCGGGACCUCCGCAGCAUUGUAGAGGACUACCUAGGCCCUCUCCUGGAUGGCAGGGUCCUGGGACUGAGCAUGGAGCAGCUGGGCACACUGUUUGCCAACAUCGAGGAUAUCUACGAGUUCAGCAGUGAGCUCCUGGAGGACUUGGAAGGCAGCAGCAAUGCUGGGGGCAUUGCCGAAUGCUUUGUGCAGAGGAGCGAGGAUUUUGACAUCUACACAUUGUACUGCAUGAAUUACCCAAGCUCCCUGGCACUGCUCCGGGAGCUGUCACUGUCUCCACCAGCAGCCCUGUGGCUGCAGGAGCGCCAAGCCGAGCUCCACCACUCAUUGCCACUACAGAGCUUCCUGCUAAAACCUGUUCAGCGCAUCCUCAAGUACCAUCUGCUACUGCAGGAACUAGGGAAGCACUGGGUCGAGGGCCCAGGCACUGGGGACCGUGAGAUGGUGGAGGAAGCUAUUGUGUCCAUGACAGCGGUCGCCUGGUACAUCAAUGACAUGAAGCGCAAGCAGGAGCACGCUGCGCGCCUCCAGGAUGUGCAGAGGCGGCUGGGUGGCUGGACUGGGCCGGAGCUCAGUGCUUUCGGAGAGCUGGUACUGGAGGGCACCUUCCGAGGUAGUGGAGGGGGCGGCCCCCGGCUACGAGGGGGUGAGCGGCUGCUCUUUCUGUUCUCACGGAUGCUGCUUGUAGCCAAGCGUCGCGGGCUGGAAUAUACCUACAAAGGCCACAUCUUUUGCUGCAACCUCAGUGUGAGCGAAAAUCCUCGAGACCCUUUAGGGUUCAAGGUGUCUGAUCUGACCAUUCCCAAGCAUAGGCACCUGCUCCAGGCCAAGAACCAAGAAGAGAAGAGGAUGUGGAUUCACUGUCUCCAGCGCCUCUUCUUCGAGAACCACCCUGCCACCAUCCCUGCCAAGGCAAAACAAGUUCUCCUUGAAAACAGCCUGCACUGUGCUCCAAAAAGUAAACCUGUCCCAGAGCCCCAGACACCCCCACUUGGAUCUCCCCGACCUCGAGAUGCUAGAAGUUUUACUCCUGGACGGAGGAAUACAGCUCCCUCUCCUGGACCCUCUGUUAUUCGCCGUGGCCGCAGGCAGUCUGGUAAGUACCCACUCAGUAAAGGUGAACAAGAGAUUAGGGUGGCAUCUGGGCUUCUGACAUCACUGUGGCCUCUCCCUCCAGAGCCAGUGAAGGACCCUUACGUCGUCUUCCCACAGGAUGCUAAGCCUCAAUUCAAGCAUGCUGGCAGUGAAGGGGAGCUCUACUCUCCCUCAGAAUCUCAGCCACCUAUUCUAGCUUCUGGACCCCCUGAGGACCUGGAGGAUGCUGGACCCCCCACACUGGACCCCUCUGGAACCUCAAUUACUGAAGAAAUCCUGGAACUGCUGAACCAGAGAGGCCUUCGGGAUCCAGAGCCAUCCACCCAUGACAUUCCCAAGUUCCCUGGGGAUUCCCAGGUGCCAGGCAAUAGUGAAACCUUCACAUUCCAAGCCCUGCCCAGCCGGGACUCAUCAGAAGAGGAGGAGGAAGAAGAGCUGGAGAUGGAUGAACGGGGUCCUUCUCCACUCCAUGUUCUAGAAGGGCUCGAUAGUUCCAGUGCAGCUGAAAUUCCCAGCAUUCCCGGCCUUACUAAAGUUCCUGACGUAGCCAACCUCCCUGAAAUGCCUGGCCAUUCUGAAAUUCCCGAAGUUCCUCGCCUUCCUAGUCCCUCUGACAUGUCCAGGGCUUUUGAAAUGCCCUGCCUUCCAGCCAUACCUAGUGUCCCUGACCUUCCCAGUCUUUCUAGCACUGCUGCCUUCCCCUGUGACACCUGGCUCCAGGGACCUUUACAGGAGGCAGCUGAGGUUCUAGCCACCAGGAGAGAACUGUUCCCUGAAAGCAAUCCCAGAAAACUGGGAGAGCCUCCAUUAGGAAGCAGGGCAGGGCAGGAGGAUGAAGAAGGUGUGUCAUUCCUAGAUUUUCAGCCCCCAGCUGUCACCCAACAACAGGGAUUCUCAGAUGAGCUGGGGUUCCGCUCUUGUUCAGAAAUCCGGAGCGCCUGGCAAGCAUUGGAGCAGGGGCAGCUGACCCGGCCAGGCUUCCCAGAGCCACUGCUGAUCCUAGAGGAUUCAGAUCUGGGUGGAGACGGCAGGAGUGGGAAAGUGGGAGCCCCAGGUUCGGAGAGGGCAGCAUCCCGCGUGCGAGAGCUGGCCCGGCUUUACAGUGAGCGGAUCCAGCAGAUGCAGCGGGCUGCGACAAGGGCAUCAUCCAAUGCCCCCCGCCGCCGGCCACGGGUUUUGGCCCAACCCCAGCCAUGCCCCAGCCUGCCCCAGGAACAGGCUGAGCCAGGGCCCCUGCCUGCCUUUGGACAUGUGCUGGUGUGUGAGCUGGCCUUCCCACUGACCUGUGCUCAGGAAUCUGUCCCCCUGGGCCCUACUGCCUGGGUUCAAGCUGCCACACCUUUGUCUAAGCAGAGAGGCCACCUACAUGGCAAGGAUCUAAAUGUUUCAGAUUUGCCUGAGCAAGAUCACCAUGCUCCAGUUACUAUCCCUUUUCCUGAGCAAAGAGGUGUCCAGAAUAUCCAGUCUCCAGAGACCACUCCCUUGCCCAAGCAGGACAGCCCCCCAGACGUCAGGGUUCUGGCUGUUACAGUCUUGCCUGAUGAGGGCCACUUUGAAAUUCAAGUACCAGCUCCCACUUCUUUGCCUGAGCAUGGAAGCCACGUGGAUAUAAAGGUUCCAUCUACCGCCUCUUUUCCUGAGCAAGGACACCGCAUGGAGAGCCAAGUUCCAGCCACCCCAGCUUUGGCCAUUCAGAGUUGUUCUAAUGUCAUGGUUUCAGCCACUACUUCUAUGCCCGAGCAAGAAGGCCACCUAGACAGCCAGAGCACAACCAGCAUCCCAGUAACUAACCAAGGAGGUUCCAGGGACAUCCAGGGCCCAGCUGCUGUCUGCGGUCAAGCCAUUAACCCUUUGCUUAUGGAUGGAAGCAGCCUGGACCAUCUGAUCCCAGCCAGCACCUCACUGCCCUUGCCACGUGACCUCCCAGACGUUCAGCUUCCUGGUACCUCACCUUUGCCCCCACACAGAAGCCACCUAGACCAUCAGAUCCCAGCCAGUGCCCCACUGUCUGUGUCCCAAGACCUCUCGGCCAUUGAAACUCUAGCUGCCACACCUUUGCCCACACCUCAAGACCUCCCAGACAUCCAGAGUCCAGCUGUUGCACCUCUGCUUCAGGAGCAAAGCCUCCCAAACCUACAGGUCCAAAAACUUACACCUUUGUUGGAGCAGAAGAACGUCACAAAUGUCCAUGUUUCAGCUGCCACGCCUUUCUCUGAGCAAGGAGGCUCUCAGGACAUUCAGGGCCUGUUCCCCAGCCCAGUUCAGACAGCUGUGGUUUUGUCCAAGUCAGGAAGCCACUCGUUCCCUCAUGUUGCCAGGUCAGAGUCUUCAGACUUGACCCCACCCCCCACCCGUCAACUCCUUGGCCCCAACACAGCUGCUCUCUCCAGAUACCUGGCAGCUUCAUACAUCAGCCAGAGCCUAGCUCGGCGACAGGGGCCUGGGGGAGAGGCCUCCCGGGCCCCCUGGUCCUCUGCCCCCACAUCACGGGCACCUUCACCACCACCCCAACUGCAGCCCCCACCACCCCCCGCCAGGCAGCUCAGCUAUGCCACUACAGUCAGCAUCCACGUAGGGGGGGGUGGGCGGCUGCGACCAGCCAAAGCCCAAGUCAGGUUAAACCACCCUGCCCUCUUGGCCCCAGCCCAGGAAUCUGUGGGCCUUCGCAGGGCCCAGGGGGCUCCUGACGCCCCUUUCCACACAUGAGCCAGAAUGUGAGGCUUCCCAGAAAGCAAAGACUAAAGCCAGAUGCCACAGACCCUCCGAACUUCACUCAGAAGUACAGACACUGAACACAGGUGUAAAACUUGCUGCAGCUUUCCAGCUUUUGGGAUCUGCUUUGGUGAACAGCCCUUCUUGCUUUGGUACAACAGGGAUGGGGAAGGAGAUGUCAUUAAUAUCUUAUGAUUAAUACUGUGAAUUUAUGUGUGUUUUCACAUUCUGGAGGCAGUGACAGAUGUGAAGACAAUGACUAGGAAGGCUGACAGAACAAAUGAGUAGUUCUGGAAAUUUGGGAAUCUCAGACUCCUUUAAGAAUUAUUAGAAAGUGGACCCGCUACAACUUGGUGUUAAUGAUUUUGAGGGUUUAUGAACUGCUUGAUUGAUGUCUAUCCAGAGAAGCCAAGUUAAGAAGCCUGCUCCAAGAAGACCCUAGAAAGUCACUCCCCUAGUAAUUCAUGCAGUUCAUGUAUCCUAUUCAUUCAUCUCACCAUCUCGGUCCAUUCAGCUGUAGCUCCAACUAUCUCUCCCUCUUUGUCCAUCUGUCCUCCUUCCAAUCAUUACCUCACCUGUCUGCCUUGCUUAUCCAGCUAUUUCUACCCUGUUCAUCUCUGCCUUAUUUAUCUUUCCAUUCAUCAUCCUACCCCUGUCUAUCAUUCCAUUUCUCCAUCAUUCCAGUUAUUCCUCUUCCCUUCCUACCUAUCUCCAUCAAGCACACUCUUUAUUCAUCCAUCCUUCCCUGUUACUACAUCCAUCUUUUUAGAUCAAUACUAGCUCCAUACAUCUUAUUCACCCAAUCAUCUCCCAGUCUAUCCACCCAGCCAGCCAUCUAACCAUCUCUACAGCCACUCACCUCUCCUUAGUUGGAUUUUUCUGGGUCUUGAAACUACAGUACUUCAGAAACUGUUCUAUGCUAACAACAUGGUGGAUCAGAUUUAGGACUCUGGGAAAAGUCUGUCCCUCAUCUGUCUGAUUUCCCUUGGCAGCCCUCCCCCCUUCUUUAUGAAUAUCUGAAUUUUUGUGCCCACCCACACGCAUCAGAUCCCUUCACCCUCCCCCUUAGUUUGAGGCCUCUAUAGUUCCUCUACAUACUCCUCCCUCCUCCACACAAAAAAUUCAAGUCAUAGAGACAAAAGGCUUUUAUGUUAGGAUCCUUCUGCCCCCUUGUUCCAGCAGUGGUAUGCCCAAUGAGGAGCAUAAGUUACGCAGUUUCUUUGGUGAUGAUACUAGCUUUCAUCAAACACUUAACCUUUUGUGAUGUAGCACAUUAUCUAUUUAACCCCUGGAAUACUUUGAACCACCCCAGUGUCUUAGCUACAAAUUUGAGUCCCAUCUUUUGUACUUAUUUGGUGUGUGACCUCCCACUGAACCUGUUUUCUCAUCUACUGAAUGAGGGUAACACCUGCCUACUAGGGUCAUUUCAAAGGUUCUGUGAGGUGCUCUCAAUUUCCAAAUGCAUUUAAACUUCUGACUCCUUCAAGAUUUAGUCCAACGGGCGGGGCAUGGUGGCUUAUGCCUGUAAUUCUAGCACUCUGGGAGGCUGAGGCGAGUUGAUUGCCUGAGCUCACAGGUUCAAGACCACCUAAGCAAGAGCGAGACCUCGUCUCUAAAAAUAGCUAGGCAUUGGGCGGGGCCUGUGGCUCAGUCGGUAAGGCGCUGGCCCCAUAUACCGAGGGUGGCAGGUUCAAACCCGGCCACGGCUGAACUGCAACCAAAAAAAAUAGCCGGGCGUUGUGGCAGGCGCCUGUAGUCCCAGCUACUCGGGAGGCUGAGGCAAGAGAAUCGCUUAAG